AAAUCCGUAUCUCGUCGGCCAUCCCCUGCGGUCUCUGUCGUCAUCCCUCGAUUGGAUAGGUCCCAGCUGCCCCGGUCCUCUAGAUCCAAAACCCCGCGCCCGCCACCACCAGAGCCUCCUUCGGGUACUAACAUGCCUCCAGUCUUGUCGGUUCCAAGAGUGUUGGCCUACCGAUCAGACUGGCAGGCUUUUGCUCCGGGCCAGGUGAGCUCGGUGACUCCGGACAAAGUGAUAGUCCGAUACGACGAUCAGAGCUCGGAGCCUCGAGAUCUCACCCAACUGCGUCUCUGUCACAUCCGGGCGGGUGAUGUAGUGAAGUACAUCGGGACGGACCUCGCAGAUGGGGAGUCACAAGUGACGACUGUGCGUGAGCCGAAGCGGGUUCUGCGGGUGGAAAGAGCGGUCGAUUCGGUGGGGCCGAUCAACUCUCACAACGAUCUUUUGGUGACGUGUGAUGAGAGUGAUUAUAAGGCCCAGUCGGGGACAUCGGGCGGGUCGAGUCGGCCAGAAGGCCGGUUCCUGGUCGAGGCCAUCAUGCUCAUUCCUCCGGGUUCUCGCCGGCACACAGGGCUGAAGGAUCGAGCGCUGCCACAACAGAUUAUCCAGGAGCUGCGCGAGCACAUGAGGGCCCACAGUGGAGUAGGCAUGCGUGCCAAGCUUGCGGUCCCCCAGUCAGGCCGGUCCGGCCAGCUCGUCGGGCCCGACCACAUCUUCCAGGGCUUCGGUAUCCUCCUCACCGGCGCCGCCAUCUCUGCCGUCGAGCCCAAGCCUGCCACCCGCAAACGCACCCAAUCAAGCUCCUCCUCGCGCGGUCUCAUCGAGCAGCAGAUCCGCGAUCGUCAUGGCACCGUCAUCGACAAAGUCGCUGAACUGUACGAGCUCGAUGGCUCCGAUCUCGUCCUCCUCAACAAGCCCGGCUCUGGCCUUGCUACCUCUCUCUCGACUCCCUUACUCUCUGGCUGUCCCCCCUCCUACCGGCUCUCCCCUGCGCACAAGCACCUCAAACUGAGGUCCAUCCUGCUGGUCGCUGAGGUGCCGGUCAAAACGUUGAAAUAUCUCUUGGCUCUGGCCUUAGGCAUCCCAUGUGUAUCCGCCAAAUGGGUGACCCAUAGUUGCGAACAAGGAUAUGCGCUCGAUUGGGAGAAAUAUAUGAUCGGCCCCGGGCCCUCGAUCUUCCUCGGCGGCGUCCCCGCACUCGUUAACCUCCAGAUCCCGCUCCUUCGUCGCGCCGAUCACGACCUCAAAGCGAUCUUCGACGCCCGCGGCUCUCUCGAGAUCCUGAAGGACAAAUCGAUCAUCUACGUUUCUUCGAAGGCUAAGCCGAAGAGCGACUGGAACGAGACCGUCAAGCCGAUUCUGUGUGCGAGCGGGGCGACGAGGCUGGGCUUUGCGGAGGCGAAAGCGCUGACGGAGCAUCUGGAGAGCGGGGCCCUCAGCGGGGUGGAUUAUCUGCUUUUGGAAGACCAUCUGGGGCUGACAAAGCUGCCGACGGCCGUCCGCACACGCUCCAACCAACUCCCGGCCAAGCGCAGGAAACUCGCCCGGACUGCCUCCGCCUCUAGUCAUGUCAGCGACGUCCCCACUCCCGACUCGUUCAAAGUCGUCGACUUCGAGUGGCUCAAGCAGUCCCUCAUUUACGGUCGGGGUCCUCCAACCUCAGUUAUUCGCUUCCUCUGCUUCGUGAACUUGGACCCUUCUUGUUUAUUCCUUUCUUUCCCCCCCUCUUCUUGUUCGCAUCUAUCAUAUGUGCUCGUAGCUAUAGAGUUCUUCUUCUUCUUCGAAACAAAUGUUCUUGAAUCCCGUCUUCUUCUUCUUCUUCCGAGGUCGUCUAAUAUACCCUUGCUCCCUUUAAAUCACUUUCAAUCAUCUCCACCAUACACCCUUCUUGGCAAACAAACCAAUGUAAAUCCAGUUACCAGUUCAUCCUCUGCCUUCGGACCAGCACAUAUCCUGUAUCUCAUCAUCCCCCAUGAUCUCUUGAUUCGCUUUCUUUUCUUCAUCACAUCUUGCUUGUUUUUCUAUCUGCAUCUUGCAGUUUUCAUCAUACCUCUUCCCUCAAAGCGUUGCAGAAACCCUCUCAGCAAACUUGAAAAAAAAUAAAUAGUGCAUUGUUUGAAAUAGUGUGAAUUAUGUAACUGUUGAUUGGUGUAUCUUGAAGCGCACUCUACUUGGAUUAAUCUAAGCUAGAAAGAACAUGGACAUUUGUAAUUAAGGUGGCUUGUUACCCAUGCAAUCAGAACAAUUAAAAAAACAGGCUUUGUUCCAGGUUUACACAUGGUCUGAUUCUGAAGUUCUUUCCAAGCAGUUCUGGGAGGACUCUUCUACUGAGAUACCCUGUAAGCUCUGGGUGUGCUCUU